UCCGGUCCCCUGCCCGAAAACCUACUACUCUUUCUUGUCUUCUAUUCCUCGCCACCUGUUCAUUCCUCUUAUCUAAUUGAAACAAGAUCUAGGGUUUAGAGACCGGGGGGAGGGGCGACUAGGGUGCAUCUGGAGCUCGGAUUCCUCCGACGGUUUAUCUAAACCCACGUCUUUGCUAGUGAACUCGAGGUGAUUGGAGCUCCGCACCGGCCGGCAUCUCCAGAAAGCUAAGUUCUCUCAUCCUCCUCUCUGCAGAAAAUUGAUGUCAUUCGAAGCUUCGUUGAAUAUGAUGUAGCUUUGGCAUACAUUUGCAUCCAAGAGGAACGUAGCGAUAUUUCCUUUUGUUGGGAAGUGGGGGUUGGGUUUUGGGUUCCGGAAGUUGAAGAAAUUUGUCUUUUCUUGGAGAGGUUCUGGUUACAGACAAGGAAUUUGAGACAAGUUGGAAGCUUUUGUUUUCCACGAGUUGGAAGAUAAGGUUUCCGGUGCUUUUCCCUUGGAACGUCUCCAAACUCUCAGAAUCGAGCAGUACGAGUUGCAUUUUACCAACAUCUGUACACACACACAAAAAAAAGAAGAAGCAACCUUUAGUCAUAUUUGGCCUGUGUUUUAUGAACCUUACUGGAUGAGUGAGGUCGGGGACACCGGUGGGAUGGUGGAAAGCAGUGAAUCGGAGAAGGAAAUCACAGAGAUUUCUGAAGUUGAGCAAAUGAAUGCAGCUGAAGAGGAGGAACUCACACCUCUAAUUGAUAACCCUUUGGUCGAGAAUGACUCUGGGCUGCAAGCAGAAGUUCUUCCUGAAUUUUCUCAAGAGCUUGUUUCAUCUGAACCGACCGGUGGAAAUGAUGAGAUACCACAAAUAUCAGAAGCCAACAAUGCUGAUCCUGCUACAAUGACUCGGGUGGAAGAUGCCCCUGAUCUUGUUGCUGCUUCCGAUGCCAAUAUUGGAGAGAACUCAGAGAAGACUGAGGUGAAAAAUGAACAACUUGAAAAUGGGAGCUCUUUUAUGGUGACAGAUAAGAAGGAAGAUAUUUCUGAAGAACAUCAAGCUACGGAGGCCUCAGUGAAGCAAGAAAGGGGGAACGAAGAGUACCAAGGCGGCGUUAUAGAGGGUUCUAACCAGUCUUCUGAUUUUGACUCUUUCUUGGAUGGUUAUGAUUCUGGUACGGAGGAACAACAAUCUGCUUUCAUGAAAGAACUUGAUAACUUCUACAAAGAGAGAAGCAUGGAAUUUAAGCCACCUAAGUUCUAUGGUGAAGGGCUGAACUGCCUCAAGUUAUGGAGGCAAGUGACAAAGUUGGGUGGUUAUGACAAGGUGACAUCAUGCAAACUUUGGCGACAGGUGGGAGAAUCUUUCAAACCUCCAAAGACUUGUACGACAGUGUCUUGGACAUUUCGGAUUUUCUAUGAGAAGGCACUUCUUGAGUAUGAAAAACAUAAGAUUCGUACUGGAGAGCUCCAAGUACCAACUUCUUCGCUUGCAGAACCUAUUAUUUCUGAACAUCAGGCAAGUGGAAAUCAGUCAUCUGUCUCAGGUAGAGCUAGAAGAGAUGCUGCAGCACGUGCUAUGCAGGGUUGGCACUCUCAGCGCUUGCUUGGUAAUGGUGAGGUUGGAGACCCAAUUAUUAAGGACAAGAGCUCGUUCCAGUUGACAAAGCGUGAUAAGCAUCUUAAAAGCAUAGGUGGAUUAAAGAGGAAAAAGCCAUCUGGUCUCGACCGUGCUGUCAAAUUUGCACGCACUAAAGUCAUUAAGUCACAAGACGACUCGAUGGUUUUUGAUGUUGGGACUCCUGCUGAUUGGGUGAAGAUCAAUGUGCGGCAAACAAAGGAUUGUUUUGAAGUCUAUGCUUUAGUUCCUGGGCUUCUACGUGAAGAGGUGCAUGUGCAAUCUGAUCCUGCUGGUCGAUUGGUUAUAUCUGGCGAACCGGAGCAGCCUGAUAAUCCGUGGGGCGUCACUCCCUUUAAAAAGGUUAUCACCUUGCCUUCGCGGAUUGAUCCUCAUCAAACUUCGGCGGUUGUGACCCUGCAUGGCCAACUGUUUGUCCGUGUGCCAUUUGAACACUCAGAUAUUUAGGGCUUAUAUUUUGCCGAGACAACUGAGGUGCUGUUUGUGUCGGAGCAAUGCUUCAGUGAACCUGCUGGAUUCUACGUUCCUUUUCGACUCAAACAAAUGCCUCGGAAAACAUCUGAUCUGAUUUAGGACACUGUCCGUAAGUCAGGAGUACUAAUGUAGGGGAAGAAUGUUGAUCGAGUAGAUUGUUGUUUUGAUAGCAAAGACUCAGUUUUAUGUAUUAGUUUGUAAAAGUAGAUGAUGUUGGCUUCAGCUCAUCUAUAUAAAUGAUUUCAAACCCAUGGUUCCAUGUGCAUAGCUGGACGUAUUAACCAUCUUUAUUAGUCUGAUGAGUAAAUAUGGUCAGUCUACCUUUGUGUA